AUGAGCACGGCUACGAUAACAUAUCACGAUUUGCCUGGGAAUCCCUCGAUCAAGUGGUCAAAACCGGCUGAGAGGCUUUCACUGGAUUCCGAUCCUGAAGAUUUCAAGUGGAAAGACGCAUUGCUGAGAUCUUCAAAAUUAACAGUGGAGAAAGCGGCGAGAAGGAGUCGGAGCGCCCGAGUGGCAACGAGUGGAGGAAAUGGAGGAGAGGAGCUGUGCCUUGUGUGUGGAGACAAAGCAUCCGGAUAUCACUAUAAUGCGCUCACUUGCGAAGGAUGCAAAGGCUUCUUCCGUCGGUCGAUCACCCGAAAGGCAACAUAUUUCUGUAAACAACAGCAAAAUUGCGAUAUUGACAUGUACAUGAGGCGGAAAUGUCAACAUUGUCGCUUGAAAAAGUGCGUUCAAAUCGGAAUGAGACCUGAAUUGGUAAUCCCAGAAGAACAAUGUCGUUUAAAAAGGGAAGCAAAAGAGAGAGCAAAAGGAAAAGAAGAGACACCAAAAGCACUCGCACGAAGGAAACCGCAUUUUGCACACGAAAAUCACUUCAACAAGAACCUCGUCCCAGCGAUUACGCUGCUAACCGAAGCUGAUGUGCUUGAGGGAAAAGUAUUUUCCGGAUCACCACAGUAUCGUGGGAUGAGUGCCGAGACGACCGAACUUGUGCAAAGGACUUUAGCCCUCAGUCGACUCUACGAACGACCGAAUCCUCGAUUUACGCAAAAGCUUAGCAUCUUAACGAAUCCAGAAGUGCGCCCGAAUUCGUUCACCCAUUUGGCUGAGCUCACCGUUUUAGAGGCUCAGCUCACCCACGAGUUUGUUCGUCAACUUCCAGGCUUCACACGAUUCUCUGAGGAAGAUCGUAAAUUUGUGCAAAAAUCGAGUAAAGUGGCGCUGAUGAAAUUGCGAAUAGCAAGGACUUUCGAUUCGACCGAUUCAACUGUGAGAUUGGGAAGUGAGACACACCAUUGGAGGCUAAACGAAAUGGCCUUUGCACAGGGAUUGUGCGCAUCAUUGGGAGACGCGAUAUUUCAAACUGCUCAUCGACUCUCUGAGACAAAACUUGACGAAGCUGAAUUCGCUCUCUCACAAGCGAUCUGCGCUCUCAGCGGAACCGAUGGUUUGAUUGAUCCAAAUCUAAUUGACGAAGUCCGUGAGGUUUAUCUGUCCGCACUUAUCGCAUAUAGAACUAUGAAUCGAGGUACUCCCGACAUAUUGGAUGUCUUGGGACUUCUCGAAUUCGUUCGCUCAUCAAACGAGGAGAUUCCUCAGCCACUACUUCCUCGCUCAAUUCCGAUCGAGCAUGCCUCGUUUUCUUUCUCGAUGAUUCACGGAAUUGUUCCAACCACUUGCUAUUCUCCAAUCCAU